UCAGCUCCUAAUCGCUUUUCAUAGGGUAUCUAUCAUCGACUGCAGAAGAGGAGAGGAGUGAGAAGGGGAGGGGACGGUAGGGCAUCUCCAGUUACACUCAUCUCCUCUGCUAGAGGACCUGUCAGACUUUCCAGAGACGUUCUGCCGCCAAGCAAAGAAGCCGGCAAACAUGGAGCCCCUCUCGACCCCCUGCAAUAUUCAGAUCUGCGAAGUGACCUGUGACUCCUUCCGCAUCAUGUGGGACAUGAGUCCCAAGGACACGACGAGGGCCACGCACUUCUUCAUCGACUUGAGCCGCAAGGAGAGCAGGGAUCACAACCGCUUCAAACACAGGGACGUGCCAACUAAGCUGGUGGCCAAGGCGGUGCCUCUGCCCAUGGCAGUGAGGGGUCACUGGUUCCUGAGCCCUCGGACUGAGUACUGCGUAGCGGUCCAGACUGCGGUGAGGCAGCCGGAUGGGGACUACCUGGUGUCGGAGUGGAGCCAGGUGGUAGAGUUCUGCACUGGAGAUUACGCCAUGGACCAUCUUCAGCAGCUCCUGGACAAGGCCAAGGGUUCCGCCGGAAGACUCCUGAAGUUCUCUGUGUUCUAUCGGAAUCAGCAUCCUGAAUACUUCCAACAUGUGAGGACUGAGUGUGGGGGAGUGAUGCAACCAGCCCUGAAGGACAACAGUGGCAGCCAUGGCUCUCCCAUCAACGGCAAACUCCAGGGAGUCUUCCUCAGCUGCAACACAGAGUUCGACACGGGCCUCCCCCCCAGCGACUCCCCCUACGGCCCUCUGCGCUUUCAGAUCUCCGCCGGACACCUGCUCAACCCCAACACCUGUCUCUACUUUGCAGACUUCUACUGCAUGUACACGGCCUACCACUACGUGGUGUUAGUGCUGGCCCCUGCUGGCUCGGAGGGGGAUCGCUUCUGCCGCGGCUGCCUGCCCCUGCUGGACCUGUCGGGAAACCCCUUCCUCACGUACACGCCCCCCCAGCAGCCGGGGGAGGAGCCUGUCUUCUGCCACGCCAGUGAUGUCAUCCUGGAGGUGCUGUUCACGGAGCCCCUCCACCUGGAACAGGGCGCGGUGGGGCAGAUCAGCGGGCGCCACCAGCUCAUGAGCCUGACCACGGCCAACGCCAAGAAGGACCCCAGCUGCAAGGUGUGCAACAUCAGCGUGGGGCGCUGAGGGGGAUGGAGGGGGGGAGGGGCCGACCAGGACUUGGAUGGUCGCGGUGGUUCUCUCUGCAGAGGAACCGCGGGGACGUUUGCUGCAGAGCUAUGGAACCCAUCCUAUGUAGAGCACAGUCACACAUCUGGGGCAGCCCUCAUCAUGAGGGCUUACGCAUGCUGUUCCCCCCCCUCCCCCUCCAUCUCUCUGUUCUAGAACUCAGAAUUGUCAUGUAUAGUAGCAACACAUCUAGGGAUAAGGCUGGUGGGCAGUGAAAGACGAAAUGGCUGGGGAUGUGGCCAGAGUUCAGAGCAUUUCAUGUACUGGUGACAACCAUAUUGUACAGAUACCAUUAUUUAAGUCAAGUAACAUUGUGUCUGUAUAUCUGUGUUCUCCCCCUGGUUUGAGAUGAAUGCCUAAUACUUAACAAAUGUUCCCAGCUGAAAGUCUAAACAGAUUUUAUCUGGGGACUCCUAGUAACAUCAAUGAUCAUGUCUGUUUGUUUCCUUACAUAAAAACCAUCACAGAAAGUUAGCUUUUGUGUAA